AUGGAUAUUAAGUCUCUACUUCUUCAAUCUGUAAGCGAGAAAAAGGUUAUAAGCGGCUCACGACGAGUGCAUUUUGGUAAAUUUAGUUUUAUCAUUAAAUACGAGAUAAAAGGCAAAUAUUUGAGUGUGAUUGGUGUGAAAAGAGUAUCGAAGGUACAUUGGACAUUCCGUCAACGCUUGAAACGGAGAAGACGUCUGAUGGUUUGUUAUAAAAAAAAAUAUCAAAAAUGGAUGUGUGAAAAUCCCCCAAAUUUGGUGCAAAUACAAUGUUCAGGCGAUUGCCCAAUUAGGAGAACCAUUUCAGGUACUAGAGAAAAAAGUUCAGCCGUAAAACCGAGUAAAGAAUGUCAAACUAUCGGUGUAUAUAAAAUCCCCCCACGAUUACGGCAAAUUCAAUUAAGCGAUUCGUCGCAGCAGACUAUAGCGUCGGCUAGAUUUUCUUCUGCACAUCAUUUCAUCAAGACUUUCUCAACUGGAAGUCAAACAGAAAGAAGUACUCAACCACAGAGCACUCAAUGCCAACCAAGAACAAACGAAUCGGCUGCACAAACCGAUGAAAUUCACCUAAACAAUUCAACUCCGCAAGUAUGGCAAGAAAAUUUCAGAAAUUUCGAAACCCAAUGCUCAGCCAACGUAUACGAUCCAAACGAUAUACGACCACUCAAUGCUAUUUCUGAAUGUUGUAGACAUGUAUCAUGCGAAAAAGAAGCUGUUAUCUACAUGCUAAGCGAAAUUGGCGAAUUAGUCUUAAAUCAAAAUCAUAUGCUUCAUACUAACUCGCAACUAUUAAACGAACUAUCGGAUACGGCGUUACUUAAUAAGCAAGUAACAAUAGGGCGUGCAUGGAGCAAGAAACGAGAAUUUAGAAUAUGGCGCAGAAGUAUAAAAACUCAGCAAUUACUAAAGACGAGAUUAUUAAGAAAUAAACCAUCGAUUACAGUGAAAAUGUAA